UCAACUUGAGAGUCUCUCUGUCAUCGUAUCAUCGUUUCCAAAAAGAUCAAACCUUUGAAGAAGCUUUUUUCAGUACAGAAAUGGCGAUGGUGACUGGAAACCCUAUUCUCUCUUACAACUCAACCCUAAUUUCCAAUUCUAAAAACCCAAUCUUUCCUCUAUCUACCCAUUUCUUAAACCCAUCAACCAGAAUUCCCUCUCUUCUCUCUCUUAGGUCAACAUCCAGAUCGACCCAUCUCUCACCAUUGACGGCAGUUAAUAUUUCCUCCGCCGCAUCCAUCGCCACCGCCGUCCCCACCCCCACAAAAUCACUUCCCUUUCGAGUUGGACAUGGGUUCGAUCUUCAUAGGCUUGAGCCUGGAUAUCCUCUCAUAAUCGGCGGAAUCAACAUCCCUCAUGAAAGAGGCUGCGAAGCUCACUCCGACGGUGAUGUAUUGCUUCACUGUGUAGUAGAUGCAAUUUUGGGUGCUUUAGGUUUGCCUGAUAUUGGACAAAUCUUUCCUGAUUCUGAUCCAAAAUGGAAAGGAGCUGCUUCAUCUGUCUUCAUCAAAGAAGCUGUUAGACUAAUGCAUGAAGCUGGAUAUGAGAUUGGCAAUUUAGAUGCUACUUUGAUUCUUCAGAGGCCUAAAUUGAGUCCACACAAAGAAACAAUCAGGACUAAUCUUUCGAACCUGCUUGGAGCUGAUCCUUCUGUUAUCAAUUUGAAGGCGAAAACCCAUGAAAAUGUGGAUAGUCUUGGCGAAAAUCGAAGUAUUGCUGCUCAUACUGUUAUUCUUCUCAUGAGGAAAUAGAGAAUUAUCAAUAGAUAUAUACAAUAUACUUUUUAGAAGGAUUUCAAUAAUCAUGUCCUGAUUUGAAUUAUACUGCAAAUCAAUGUUGACAAUACCCCAAUUUCAUGAAAUAAUGCUUAUGUUAUCAUUUACU